AUGUACCACCCACCACAUCCGCAUUUGCAUGGGUAUUUCUUUUCUGGCAUGACUUUGAGUCAAGGUAAGUCCAAACCCGCGGUCACGUGGACGUUAACGCAGAUCACCGCGCGGGUUCGCAUUCAUUUCGUCCAUCCAACCACCACAACCGCUGCCCGCCGUCUCUUUGGCUGGAAACUUUACCCGACGUGUUUAUUCAUUCAAACAAGAAUCAUGCCCAAAGCCACAAAAUCAAAGCCCGCUACCCAUUCCAAACCAUCCAAGGCGGCACUUCCUAGCGCUGCCAGGGCGGCUCAACGCGAGCGCACAACAGAGUAUAAGCAGGCAAAGGCUUCUGCUCUAGCCUCGACCGUCAAAGGCAAGGGAGUUCACUAUCAUGACGAGGAUGACGACGAAGGCGAGGAUGACGGCGAGGUCGAAGGUGUAGACAACGAUAGCAAUGGCGACAACGACAACUGUCACAACCGUAGUGAAGAUGGCAAGGACGGCGAAGACGGCGAAGACGAGGAAGCGAUGGAUGAUGCCAAGCCCGAAUACGAACCAUACAAGUCAAAGUGUGGUAAUUUUGUGUAUGUCCCCGACGAUAACGGCGACUACACAAAAUAUUCGAUGAUCGACCGACCCGAAGGCAAAUUAAACAAUCUGCCAAAACUUGUGAAGAUGGAAGGCAAUGAGAACAAGGACCUUAUCCAAGGUAUCCGAAAUACGAUUCGCACCAUUACACGACACGUUACUCGUAACAUCAAGGACUGCACAUUUUCCAUGGUCAGCCCUGAGCAAUUUGCGUCUAUCACGAUUCAGGCUCGCAAAAGUUAUCCUAUUCUUGCUCGGUUCCGACAGAGUUGGGCAACCAGGGAGUUUGCUAUCCGCGCGCUUACAAACGGGCGUGAUCACCAGAACCGCAUCCAAAAGGCGGGCGGGCUUGCUGCCUGGUGCGCAAAGCUCAGAACAAAACGCGAGGCAAAGAAAACCGCCAAUGCAGGGAAGGAGAAGACAAAUGGGAAGAAUUGCACCAAGCCCGAUGCAUCAAACGCCACCAAUCAAGCAGGAGGAUCGUGCAAAGUCUCGAACAAGGCACGUGGUUUUUCCCGAUCCAAUUCAUUUUUAAUUGACAUUAAUUCAUGGCAGACGCCGGCGCAUGAAUCCACCCCUCAGAACGCAUCCGAUGACGAGGAACCUCCCGUUCCAAAGCCAUCAGGUUCAUCCCGCAAGGCUGCACGCCGCAUUCAAGAUUCUGACGACGAGGGUUCUGGUGGCGAACAAGCCCCAUCUCCUAAGCUCAGGCCGUCAAAGACACAGGCGCAAAAGCAGUCGUCAAAAAGGGCACCUCCCAGUGAAGACGACAAGGAAGAAGACACCACCAUGCCAACUCCGACCUCGAAGUCUGCUUCCCCAAAGCGCAAGGCCAAGGAUGUUGAGGAAUCUAAUCGCCCUCGGAAGAAGGCCCGAAACCAGCCCCCGGCUGAGACUGAGGAUGACGAGCCCAUGCCAGGCCCAAAGCCCUCGAAAGGGAAAGGAAAGGAGAUCCAGCCUGCACACAAGACCGCCCCUAGCCAGGAGUUCGGCACCACCCAAGCCGACACCGAGCCCACUGCGACCCGCGAUCUAUCCGCGUUCAAAGCUAAAGCAAAAGCCGAUGCUUUGGCAAAGUCGAAGGCUAUUGCAGUGUCAAGGGCCACAGCAGAGGCGCAAAUGGAGGAUGAAGAGACAUAUCCGCCUGCCAGCUCAACCCUCGACAACGACGAUGUGGAGUCUGUACAGAACACGCAAGAGUACCCAUCGACUAUUCGAUCGGGCACACCCCUUCGUCCCGACGCGAGCAAUCAGGAUCCCCCCUCCGCCGAUGCUGACGACUCUAACAAAGAAGCGACCCCAGCCCUCAAGCCUGCCCGAAAAAAUCCUCGUCUCCCUUCCCCAGCUCAAGCCGACAUCGGAGAGCCUCCGGCCAACAAGGGUGGAAAUUGCAAGGCAGCGCCCGCUAACAAGGCUGCGAACAAUAAGCAGAAGGCCAACGGGAAGAAUAUGAAGGAACCCCCGCCGCCGGCAAAGAAAUCGGGACUGGUCUUGCAGCCACCUGUGCCCACAGCCUCCAAGCCAAGCGAUGCGCCGCUUCGCGGGAAGAAGACUGGGAAAGGAGGACGCCAGGCUAAGCAGGAGCUGGUCGAUGACGUCGACCUGGGGUCUUUAACUUCGGCCAAAAGGAUGACUCGGAAUCAAGCCAAGAGCGCCCGAGCUUGA